AUGGUAAUUGGUCAUGCAAACAUUGGAGAUAAAGGUUUCAAUAGUGAAAUGGUAGAGCACUUUGACUGUGGUAAUGAUCAAAACAUUGAAAUCGAUGGAAAAGAGUUGAAUAAGGAAGCUCAAAAGUUUUAUGGAUUUUUGAAAAAAACUAAUGAAGUGCUUUUUGAGGGUAGCAAAAAACAUAGCAAACUCUCAUUUAUUCUAGACUUGUUUCACAAGAAAUGCUUGAAUGGGUGGAGUAAUAAAUCUUUCAAAGAUUUGCUUGGUACUUUGAGAGAAACAUUACUAAACGGGGAAAAAUUACCAAAGUCAAGUUAUGAGGUUAAAAAACUCAUUGGUGAGUUGGGUCUUGGUUAUGAUAAGAUUCAUGCUUGUCAUAAUAAUUGUAUGUUAUUUUUGAAGCAAAAUGUGAAUGAUCAAAUAUGUUCCAUUUGUGGUGCUUCUAGAUGGGUUACAAAUGCAAUGGAUUUCGAUGUUGGGUCAUCUACAAUGAUGAGAAAGAAGAAAAAAAAGGCAAAAAAAGUGUUAAGGUGGUUUCCUUUAAAACCAAGACUCCAAAGAUUGUUCAUGUGUUCCAAAACUGCUUCUUUGAUGCGAUGGCAUUCUGAUGUGCGUAAUGAUGAUGGUCUGGAGUCACCUGGAGACAAAAUUGAUGUAUUCAUGCAGCAUUUGAUUGAUGAGUUGAAUGAUUUAUGGACUAAUGGUCUAGAUACUUAUGAUGCCCAUGGCCACAAUAAGUUUCAAAUGCGUGUUGCUCUAAUGUGGACCAUUAAUGAUUUUCCUGCUUGUGGAAUGUUAUCAGGUUGGAAUACUAAAAGCAAAUUUGCUUGUCCUUCUUGUGGCUUUGACACUUGUUCAAAGUGGUUGGAUAAAGGGGGGAAAUAUUGCUUUAUGGGUCAUCAUCGAUUUUUGCCUCCUAAUCAUCCAUUUAGACAUGACAAGCGCAAUUUUGAUGGUAAAGAUGAAUGGAGAAAAACACCAAUUCGAACAACAGGAUCUAUUGGUUUGAAACAAUUAGAUGGUAAAGUGGUUAUAAAGAAUGCAAAUGGUGAAGUUGUUAAGAAGGAAGAGAAUGUGUGUGAUAAUAUAUUGGGAACCUUGUUGAACUUAGAUGGGAAAACAAAGGAUAAUUUGAUGGCACGUCAAGACCUCAUGAACAUGCGUAUAAGAAAAGAGCUUCACCCAGUGGAACUUGACAAUGGGAAGACAUAUUUACCUCCUGCCUGUUACUCAAUGUCCCUUAUGGAGAAGGAUCAUGUGCUUAAAGUGUUGAAAGAACUUAAAGUGCCAGAUAGUUAUUCCUCAAACAUUUCAAGAUGUGAUUUGUUGCCUAUAGCCUUGAGGGGAACUUUACCAAAGAAACUUGAAAAGAUUUUCCCACCAUCAUUCUUUACUAUUAUGGUACAUUUAGUUAUUCAUUUAGCCACUGAAGCAAGAUUAGCAGGACCAGUGCAUUAUCGAUGGAUGUAUCCGAUAGAGAGGUACUUGUUCAUACUGAAGUCAAAUGUGAGGAAUAGAGCCCAUCCUGAAGGUUCAAUUGCUGAGUGGUAUAUAGCAAAUGAAUCUAUAACAUAUUAUUCUAGAUACUUUGGAGGUGUUGAAACAAAUUUUAAUCAAUCAUUAAGGAAUGAUGAUGAAAUUGAUCUGCCCCCACCACAAAAUGCUCCUUUGCUUAUUGUACCAGGUCGUCCAAUUGGAAAAGUAUUUGAUGCAAUUCUUGAUGACCAAACACGUAUGCAAGCACAUCGAUAUGUUCUAUACAAUUGUGAUUCCAUCACUCCAUUCAUUGAGUAUGCAUUAAAAACUUUGAUUUGUUUAUUUAUAUUUGAUUUGUGA